AUGAUCCUCUCCCUAGCUGCAGCUAUGAGCAGCGGCGGCAUCCCCCAGAACACUACUUCCUCCUCGCCCUUUGACCCCUCGCCCCUGGACCCCUGGCUUGACCCCUACCCUGACCCCUACCCUGACCUCCCCGGGGUUAACGCCUCCUCCUCCGACGUCCCCGGCCGCACCUAUACCUCCGACCUUGACUUACGACCUCUGAUCUCACAACAGGAUGUUAGCCCAUGGGAUGUGGCGUUAUGUGUCACGGGUACACUCAUCGCCUGCGAGAACGCUCUGGUCAUCGCCGUCCUCUUCUACACGCCGACCCUCAGAGCGCCGAUGUUCAUCCUGAUUGGCUCGCUGGCAUUCGCCGACCUCCUGGCGGGUCUCGGUCUCAUCCUGAACUUCGUGUUCACCUAUCUUGUUGAGGGAGAGGUCGUGACCUUGGUUGCCACAGGGAUACUCAUUGCCGCAUUCUCGGCAUCCAUCUUGAAUAUCUUGGCGAUCACCGUGGACAGGUACCUGUCGCUGUACAACGCGCUGACCUACCACACGGAGCGGACUGUCCUCUUCACAUACCUGGUGGUAGGGGUCAUCUGGUUGGUGUGUCUGAUUCUCGGGGUCCUCCCUGCGCUCGGGUGGAACUGCCUAGACGACCAAUCAACGUGCUCAGUCUGUCGACCCGUCACCAAAUCCAACGCCGUCGCCCUCGCUGUCUUCUUCCUACUGGUUUUCGCGUUGAUGAUGCAACUCUACCUGCAGAUCUGUCGGAUCGCGUUCCGUCACGCUCAGCAAAUCGCCGUCCAGCAUCAGUUCCUCGCCAUGUCCACGACCAAAGGAGUCCAGACGCUCUCCGUGAUUCUCGGCGCCUUCGCAACGUGUUGGCUGCCGUUUGCUAUGUAUUCUAUCGUGGCGGAUUCAAGCUAUCCUAUCAUAUACACAUACUCUACGGUGCUGCUGGCGGCGUGUAAUUCAGUCAUAAAUCCUGUUAUAUAUGCGUUCAGGAACCCGGACAUACAGAAGGGGCUCUGGUUGGCGUGUUGUGGGUGUGUCCCGUCAAAUCUGAGCCUGAGACCUGGAGCCAGGACAUCCAGUGAUGUAUAGGGAAGCAUUGUUCAUGGCUAUGACCGCUCCAACC